AGGGGUAUACAGGGUAUACAGGGUAUACAAGGUAUACAAGGUAUACAAGGUAUACAGGGUAUACAGGGUAUACAUGGGUAUACAGGGUAUACAUGAGUAUACAGGGUAUACAGGGUAUACAUGGGUAUACAGGGGUAUACAGGGUAUACAGGGUAUACAGGGUAUACAAGGUAUACAUGGGUAUACAGGGUAUACUGGGAGUACAUGGGUAUACAGGGGUAUACAGGGUGACAAGAGUGAUCCAACAAAUUACAGAGGCAUAUGUGUUUCUAGUUGCCUUGGAAAACUGUUCUGUUCUAUUUUAAAUCGAAGACUUCACUUGUAUUUUGAGGAAAAUAAGAUAUUACAUAAUUCCCAAAUUGGCUUUUUGCCUGAAAACCGCACUGCAGACCAUGUUUUCACUCUAAGGACCCUAAUAGAUAAAUAUGUGCAUUAUCACAAGGAAAAAGUCUACGCUUGUUUCGUAGAUUUCCGCAAAGCGUUUGACUCUGUUUGGCACGAAGGAUUGUUUUAUAAGCUGCUAAAAACGAAUAUAGGAGGAAACUUGUACAACCUCAUGAAAAGUCUUUAUUGCAACUCGACAUGUUCCAUCAAAAUCGGUGAAAACAAAACACAGCCUUUUUCAUAUUCCAGAGGUGUACGUCAAGGCUGUAUUUUAAGUCCUCUUUUAUUUAACCUCUAUUUAAACAAUCUACCACUUUUAUUCGAAAACACCUUAUCUGACCCAUUUGUUCUCCCAAAUGGGAAAAAAAUAAAUUCACUUUUGUACGCAGAUGAUUUAGUUAUUCUAUCAAGAUCGAAAACUGGAUUACAGAACUGUUUAAAUGCGCUUUCUUUGUAUUGUGACAAAUGGAAGCUAAAAAUUAAUCCCAAGAAAACAAAAAUUAUGAUAUUCCAGAAACGCCCAAAAAAAUCUAUUGACAUCAAAUUCAACAUAGGCAGUGAGUCAAUUGAAAUUGUCCAAGAAUACACUUAUUUAGGUACACGUUUAACUCCAACGGGAAACUUUACACUUGCACUCGAACACUUAAAAGAAAAGGCCCUUCACGCGUUUUCUAGUAUUCGGAAGCGGACAAUUCUUAACAAACUUAAUCCUAAUACUGCAUCCCAAAUUUUUGACACCAUGGUAUUCCCAAUCUUGAGUUACAACAGCGAGGUAUGGGGAAUGUACACCAAGCAAGAUUUUAAAAAAUGGGAUAGCUCCCCAAUAGAAAAAAUCCACCUCAAAUUCUGUAAACGUUACUUAGAGGUUAACAAUAAGGCCUCUAACAUAGCCUGCAGAGCUGAACUUGAUAGACUGCCGCUGCUUAUCCCGAUAAAUCAGAAAAUUAUGAAAUAUUUUGUUUACCUCAACAACAAAGGUAAUGACUCUAUAGUCAAACAGUCUUUCCUUAUGUCAAAGAAUCUACAUUCUAUGAAUAAUUCCGGAUAUUUUUCCAAUUUCAUAAACAUGCUUGAACAAUACAAUCUAACCAGUUUAGAUGCUGAAUCUCUAGAUAAUAAUAAAAUUAGACGAUAUACCAGAGAGAGAAAUAUCUAUCUUUUUGGCGGCACAGCCUCGAAAAUUCAAAAAAACUAGAAUUUUAUAAAACUUUUAAAGAUGAAUAUUCUACAUCUGAUUAUCUCUACCAGCUAAGACAUUAUGACGAACGACAGAAUUUUGUUAAAUUUAAAAUAAGUAAUCACAAACUUAUGAUUGAACAUGGUCGAUACCAAAUCGAGCAUUUGCCAAGAGGAAAUAGAUUAUGUCCUUUAUGUAACUCAAAUCAGGUAGAAGAUGAGAUUCAUUUCCUCUUUCAAUGUAACAAAUACUCAGUACAGAGACAGGCAUUUAUUAAUCAAAUCAAUCGAAUAAUACCUGACUUUGACAAGAAAUCAUCUCCGGAAAGCAUAAAACUGAUAAUGAAUUCGAAGGAACAUCAUGUAAAUAAGUUAGUUAUGAAGUUUGUCUCCUCCUGCAUGAAAAUACGUGAUUCAUUGUUAGUAAUGUAACCGAAUUUUUCUAGAUUGUUAUUAGUGCUGUUUUGUUUUUAUUUUGAUUGUCAUAUACAUGCUUUUGCAAUACUGUAAAGUGAUGCGGUCAUGCAAAUAAAGCAAUUUAUUACUAUUACAGGGUAUACAGGGUAUACAGAGUAUACAAGGUAUACAAGGUAUGCAGGGUAUACAGGGUAUACAUGGGUAUACAGGGUAUACUGAGAGUACAUAGUUAUACAUGGGUAUACAGGGUAUACAGGGUAUACAAGGUAUACAAGGUAUACAUGGGUAUACAGGGUAUACAUAGGUAUACAGGGUAUACAGGGUAUACAGGGUGGGAGUACAUGGGUAUACAUGGGUAUACAGGGUAUACAGGGUAUACAAGGUAUACAAGGUAUACAUGGGUAUACAGGGUAUACAUGGGUAUACAGGGUAUACAGGGUAUACUGGGAGUACAUGGGUAUACAUGGGUAUACAGGGUAUACAGUGUAUACAAGGUAUACAAGGUAUACAUGGGUAUACAGGGUAUACAGGGUAUACAGGGUAUACUGGGAGUACAUGGGUAUACAUGGGUAUACAGGGUAUACAGGGUAUACAAGGUAUACAAGGUAUACAUGGGUAUACAAGGUAUACAUGGGUAUACAGGGUAUACAUUGGUAUACAGGGUAUACAGGGUAUACAGGGUAUACAGGGUAUAGAGGGUAUACUGGGAGUACAUGGGUAUACAUGGGUAUACAGGGUAUACAGGGUAUACAGGGUAUACUGGGAGUACAUGGGUAUACAUGGGUAUACAGGGUAUACAGGGUGUACAAGGUAUACAAGGUAUACAUGGGUAUACAGGGUAUACAGGGUAUACAGGGUAUACAGAGUAUAGUGGGAGUACAUGGGUAUACAUGGGUAUACAUGGGUAUACAGGGUAUACAGGGUAUACUGGGAGUACAUGGGUAUACAUGGGUAUACAGGGUAUACAUGGGUAUACAGGGUAUACAGGGUAUACAGGGUAUACAGGGUAUACAGGGUAUACAGGGUAUACAGGGUAUACAUGGGUAUACAGGGUAUACAGGGUAUACAUAGGUGUACAGGGUAUACAGGGUAUACAUAGGUAUACAGGGUAUACAUGGGUAUAAAGGGUAUACAGGGUAUACAUGGGUAUACAGGGUAUACAGGGUAUACAUGGGUAUACAGGGUAUACAGGGUAUACAGGGUAUACAGGGUAUACUGGGAGUACAUGGGUAUACAUGGGUAUGCAGGGUAUACAGGGUAUACUGGGAGUACAUGGGUAUACAUGGGUAUACAGGGUAUACAUAGGUAUACAGGGUAUAGAGGGUAUACAGGGUAUACAGGGUAUACAGGGUAUACUGGGAGUA